AUGUCUCAACCCCACCCACGCUCCGAACACCCACCAAACACAUCUUUCGACCCCCCAAGCCCCUGCACUCACAACAACGAUAACAACCACAACCACGCCCAUGUGCCCAGCACCGCCUUCUCCGGCGACAUGGCCCAAACCUACAGCCAACGCACGGGCGGCUGCAACAUCGUCCUCGCCGACCACCUCAUCUCCCUCAUCACCCCCUCCCUCCCCCCUCCCACCACCACUCCAAGCCUCCGAAUCCUCGACAACGCCUGCGGCCCCAUGGUCCUCACGACCCAAUGCCUGCUCGACCCGUCCAUCGCAACCUACCCAUCCGUCCACAUCUCCGCCGUCGACCUCAGCGCCGACUUCAUCGCCGCCAACCGCACCGCCAUAUCCACCCGGAGCACCCUCGGCCCCAAAGUCGACACCGCCGUCAUGGACGGCGCGGACCUGCGCUUCGCCGACGACACCUUCGACGUCAGCUUCACCUCCCUCGGCAUCUUCGCCUUCCCGGACCCCGUCCGGGGCGCCCGGGAGCUGUACCGCACGCUGAAACCCGGGGGCGUGACGGCCGCGACGACGUGGAAGGGCGUCGGAUGGCUGCCGCUGCUGCACGCGGUCGAAGAAGAAGUGCUGCAGCCCGGGCGGGCGAAGACGCGGCUGCCGUUUCUGGAACCGUGGGCGGUGGCGGGGAAGCUGGAGGCGACGCUGCGGGAAGGGGGGGUUCGAGCGGGUGGAAGAGGGGGAGAUGGAGGGGGUGGCGUGGUGGGGUGGGGUGGGGGAGGCGGCGUACUGGCUUACGGCGUCGGUGAAGAUGAUGGUGGGGCGGGGUUGGAGUGA